AUAAAAGCAAAAAAAAAGACGAAUGAUUUCAUUUUUGAUUAACUAAAGAAAUCACAUCGCUAUUGGUUUUUAUGUUUGUGACUCGCUAAAUAAAUAAAGAAGAUAUACGUGUAAUAUAAUUCAAAAUACAAUACUUAACAAGUUCACACUUUAGCUAUUUAUCAUCUUAUACCAUGCAGUAUACACUAUUCAUGGAAACUUGUACAAUCCUAUGCUUGUUUGCUGCAAUGAAUGAUGCUGUUGUUCCAAAUAUUAAAAUCGGGGCUAUUUUUCAUAUAGGUGAUCAACAACUGGAAAAAGCUUUUGACACAGCUGUUAAUGACUUGAAUGCUGAUUUCAACAACAAUUUCAAUUUUAUAGCUAUCAAAAAAACCAAUGCAAACUUUGAUAGUUUCAAAACGGCUUCUAUUGUGUGUGACUUAUUGGAAGAUGGAGUUGCCGCUAUUUUUGGCCCAAAACAGUAUCCGGCACGUGAUAUAGUGUCUAGCAUAACUAAACGUUUUAACGUUCCUCAUAUAGAAUAUAGUUUUCGUCAAACGGACAGUAGACGGCAGACUACAUCUAGUAUCAACGUUUAUCCAAGUAGCAAAAUCUAUGAAAAAGUUAUUGCUGAAACGGUCAAACGUAUGAACUGGAAUUCAUAUACUUUUAUCUACCAGACCACCAAUGCUCUAUCACGAGUUCAAGAAGCGUUGCAGAAUCAGGCUGUUCAAAAUUGUCCUAUCACUGUCAGAGAAUUACAACCAUUUGAUAGGAUUCAGCUUUUCAAAACUCGGAAAGAGCAAGAUAACGUUUAUGAAUGUUUAGUAAAAGAAAUACGAUUAUCGUCACAGUAUAGUCUACUACUCGAUAUAGAAAGCGAUAAUAUAUCCAAAUUAUUCCAAAUAAUGGGGAGCAUGGAUUUAAUGGGCGAUUAUUUUAUGUGUUUCCUUAUUAAUUUGGAUUUACCUGUUGCUGCAAUGAAACAGUUUAUUUCCAAAAACACUGUAGCUAACAUAACUUGGUUGCAGUUUAUAUCUGACGAAGAUAGUAAAGAGCCGAUUGAAGCUGCGCUAUUAUAUGAUGCAGUUUUUGCAUUAGGUGGUGCAUUGAAUAGUGUUUUCAGAAAUCAAAAAGGUUCUGAUGAUCCUAAAAUUCUACUACCAAGGCCGCUGUUAUGCAAUGGAGCAAUUAAGUAUGAAGCUGGACUCAACAUUACGAAAGCUUUUUAUGAGAAAACGAGAUAUGGAAAAAAAACGGGAUUCAUGACAUUUGACGAAAAUAAGCAACGACAGUUUAAACUAAAAGUAAUGAACAUACAAGCUGGUAGUCAAUCAAUAUUAGGAGAGUGGAAUGGUUCAGAUUUAGUCAUAUACAAUAACGAAAAACAAUUGAACAACACUCUGACUGAAGCUGCUCAAAAUAAACUAUUCAAGGUUACUACACGAAAAGGAUCUCCCUACGUUAUGGAAGCAGAUAGCGAUUUAGAAGGUCGACAAAUCGAAGAUAAAAGAUAUCAUGGUUACUGUAUAGAUUUGAUUAGUAAAAUCGAAGAAUAUCUAAAGAUUAAAUGUGAAUUUUAUUUUGCUCCUCAUAACGAAUAUGGUCGUCUUGAUUCCCAAACCCAUCAAUGGAACGGCCUUGUGAGGCAACUAUUAGAUCACAAAGCUGACUUUGCCAUAUGCGAUUUGACAAUUACAUCGGAGAGACAAAGUGCUGUGGACUUUACGGCACCAUUUAUGAAUCUUGGUAUCAGUAUUUUAUUUAAAAAGCCAAAUAAAGAACCUGCCAAGUUAUUUGCAUUCAUGGAUCCACUUUCUACAGAAGUAUGGAUGUACAUGGCCACCGCUUAUUUGAUAGUAUCUCUUAUGUUAUUUUUUCAAGCAAGAAUAGCGCCAGGGGAAUGGAUCAAUCCACAUCCAUGCAAUCCUAAUCCGGAGGAACUUGAAAAUAACUUCACUUUAAUGAAUUCUAUGUGGCUGACUAUGGGCUCACUUAUGCAACAAGGUAGUGAUAUCCUGCCAAGAACUCCAUCCAUUCGUAUGGUUGCGGGAAUUUGGUGGUUUUUCGUACUUAUAAUGGUUUCAAGUUAUACAGCCAAUUUAGCAGCAUUUUUAACUGCAGUGAAAAUGGAAGAUUCUAUAAAUGACGUUGAAGAUUUAGCAAAGCAGACAAAAAUAUCAUACGGGGCUGUAAAAAAUGGAGCUACAUAUUCUUUUUUCAAAAAUUCAAAUACAUCUUUGUAUCAGCGUUUAUUUAAUAAUAUGGUCGAUGCAAAACCGACAGUUUUUACAAGGGAUAACGAUGAAGGUGUUGAACGAGUGAUCAAAGGAAAACGAAAAUAUGCAUUUUUCAUGGAAUCAACUACUAUAGAAUAUCAAGUAGAACGACGUUGCGAGUUACAGAUGGUGGGUACAUUACUUGAUAACAAAGGAUAUGGAAUCGCCAUGCCACAUAAUUCACCAUACCGAACAAUGAUUAGUACGGCCAUAUUACAUUUGCAAGAAAAAGGUGACUUGCAAGAUCUGAAAAAAAAAUGGUGGUCCGAAAAGGGAGGAGGACAAUGUAACGAUUCGAGUGAACCAGUUAAUUCAAAUGAAUUAGGUAUGCCACAUGUAGGAGGUGUUUUCAUCGUACUGAUUUUGGGAUGUUUUAUAUCAACUUUAAUUGCAGUUAUAGAGUUUUUAUGGAAUAUUAGAAAAGUUGCUGUUGAAGAAAAGGUUACUCUAUUUGACGCUUUCAUCAAAGAGAUAAAAUUUAUUAUAAAUAUAUGGGCAGUUACAAAACCCGUUAGAGUUGAGUGUUCUAGCAAAUCAUUAUCAUCGAAAAAUCGAGGUUCUAGUAAAUCUAGUUCAAUGAAUCCUUCUUACGCAAGUUCUUUAAGCAUAAUAAAUGUGACAAAUGCAACCAACAUGAAUCAAAUAAAUAUGUAAACAAAUAAUG